GGCGGUCGGCGGUAAAUGGUAAUGCAGAUUGUAAAUACUAUACUCUAAUACGGUAUGCACGCACAUUGCACAUUUUUUGGUAAAAUCUCUCAAAAUCGUUUAACAAAUAUUACAAUUUCAUCUUCAAAACUUUAAAAUGACGUUUGUAUUGAACGAAAUGUUGGAUGUUGUAAAAAAUGGGAAUGGUAUUGAUUCUACCUGUGAAGUAGUUAGCAAAGAAAUAUUAGAUAAAAGAUUAACUUUUCUUCAAUUUGUUGAGAGUUUGGAAGAAAUUUUGACUUCUACAGAUAAAGAUAUUCGCCUAAAUGGAGUUAAGGCAUUUGUAACAGUUUUAAAGAAAUUGCCUUUGGAUUUUUUUAUACCAGAAGAGUUGGAUUACAUUAGUCAAUUUUUGUGUGAACGUUUGAUUGAUCAUCAUUCAUUUGUACCAAUUGUUUUGAUUGGAAUUGAAUAUACUGUGCAAAUGAAAAAUAUUAGCAAACAAAUGAUUGUAAGGUAUUUUAAUACAAUCAUGCCUCAUUUUCAUUGUCAAUCACAACUUCAAAAUGAUCGAAAUACAUUCUAUUGUAUAUUACAGUAUAUAUUUUUGAAUCGAUUAGAUGAUUUACGUUUUAUGGGACCAGAUUUUUUAUAUUGUGUUAUUUCUUCAAUGGAUGGUGAACGAGAUCCUAAUAAUUUAAUACUGCUUUUUAGAAUAUUACCUCAAUUUUUAAGAAAUUUUCCAUUAGGUCAUUUAGCAGAAGAAACUUUUGAUGUUAUUGCCUGUUAUUUUCCUAUAGAUUUCUAUGAAACAGAAGAAAGUAAAAUAACUAGAGAUGAAUUAGCAACUAACUUAUCUCGAUGUCUUACUUGUGUAGAAGAAUUUUCAGAUUUUUGUAUUCCUUUGGCUUUGCAAAAAUUAGAAGCUAGUUUGAAAGUUGCAAAAUUAGAUUCAUUGCACUUAUUGAAAUUAUGUUGUGAGAACUUUGAUCCUGUAAAAAUAAAAUUUCACAUUGAAGAAAUAUGGCGUAUUUUAAAAAUGAUCAUUAUGACAGAUUCUGAUGAUUCAUCAGAUGAAGUUAGGGAAGCUGCUAUUGGUGUUUUAACUGCUUUAUUAUAUUCACUUACCAUUAUUAAAGGAGACAAUGAACAAGAACAACUAUCAAGUUUCUUGGAUAUUAUUCUUAAAAGUUCUAAUAGAUUUUUAUUGGACACUCAAGCAACUCUAUUUAUACCUUCAAUAAAACUGCUUUGUAGCGUAGGGAAAACUUCAAACUAUGCUUGUCUUAAGAUAGCAAAUAAAGUGUACUUAAUCCUACUCGAUAAAAGUGAUGUAACACGAUCAGAAAUUGUAAGAAUCAUAGAAGCUAUGGGAUUAAUUACAAAUAUGUGUUUAGAAAUGUGUAUCGAUUUAUCAUCUAUACCAGGUCUAGAAAAAAGAUGGGAAGAAAUAUGUUGUUACUUUUUACUUUAUGCUCAAAACGAAUUGCCAGAAAUAAAAAUUCCUGCUUUGAAAGCAUUAAAAAUAUCAACCAAAAUACUAACUAAUUCUCAACGUCAAAAUUAUUACUGUAUUAUAAUAACGUUAAUAAAAUCUGAUAUAACAGAUUCUAUUAGAAAAGAAACAUUAUCUUGUUUCAAAGAAGCAGCAAAAUAUUUUAAAGAGGAAAUUAAUAGAGAAAUCAUACAAUUUAACUUAAACAUUUUAAACGAGUCUAAUGAUAUUAUAUUAAAAUCAAAGUGGUUAAAUGCAUUAUGUUGUUUGGGAAAUGAAGAAUAUUUUUAUACAUUAAUUAGUGACAUUCUAACUGCUAAUUUGUCUGUAAAACAAGCAGAAACUGAGAUGACUCUUAAAUGCUUAAGAGAUCUUGUUAAAAAUAAUGAGAAUAUUAACUUGUUACGUCAUUUUGCUUUAAAAGACGGACUCUUAAACUUCAUUUUAACAACUUGGAUCAAUGGUAUUAAGAACUGUGCCAAUUUCAAUAUUUUUAGAAACAAAAUUAUUUUAGAAGAUGUUUCUUUUGUUAUUAAUUCUGUUGUAAAAGUGAUCAAUACCAGUGAACAACUUCAAACAUUUAAUCAAUUCAGCCAAUAUUUCAAUGAAAUUUUGAAUACAAAAUUAAAUUAUAAAACACUUUCUGAUAUACAACAAGGCAUACAUUCAUAUAUGGUUAUUUUAUUAGAAAGUAUUCUAAAUUCAUUAAAUAAAAAUAUCGAACUGAAAAAUGUGACAUUAUUAAUUGAAAACUGUAUUGAAUUAUCAACAUAUUCUGAAAAUUCAAUGUGUAGUUUAUCUGCUUCGCGAUUAACGGCAACAUUAAUUAAUAAAUAUAUUGAUGGUGAUGAAAAUAAUUUAUUAAUUGAUAAAUUGAAAUUCAAUUUAGAAAAUUAUUUAAAUGUAUCAAGCAUUUAUAUCAAUAAUGUUAUAAAUCAAAUAUCAUGGAUCACUAAGUCUUUAUCUAUUAAAGGUCAUGGAAAAAUGCUACAAUGGAUUGACUGGUCAUUGAAUUUAUUAGCAGACCCUUUGUAUGGCAAAAUGAUGACACAGUGUUUUAAAAUGUUAACACAAACAGAUGAUGGAUAUCUGAAUAAAGAGUGUUUUUGUUCAGUUAAAUUAUUAUAUAGGCAAAGAAUAUUCUGUUAUGUUAUUGAACCACUCAUAUCCAAGUAUAAUACAAUGCCUGAACCUAUUAAAGAAAAUUAUCUCAUUAGUAUUUUAUACCAAAUGGAUGGCAACACAUAUGUGACACUUUCACCAUAUUUUUCUAAGAUAUUACCUCUGUUACUUCAACUUUUAUCUCCAGAACAAGAUUAUGUUUUACAAUCGUUGCAAACUUUUUGUAAUCUUUUAGAAUCCAAGACUCCAGUAUUAGAAGAUUAUUUACAAUCUUUUGUUCCAAAAUUGCUAAAUCUAUCUCAAAGUUCAAAGUUUAUGAAUAUAAGAAUAGUAGCUUUACAAUGUCUUUAUAAUUGCUGUGACUAUUCUUUAAUCAAACUUCUACCCUUAAAAAGACAGGUGAUUUUUGAAUUGACAAAAUGCUUAGAUGACAAAAAACGAUUGGUUCGGAAAGAAGUAGUUAGAACAAAAUCUCGAUGGUUGUCUAUAGAUGUAUUGAAUGAUGAUGAUUAACAUUUAACAUAUUUAGUUCUUUGUUUUUUUUAUAAAUUUUGUCAUGAAAUGUAUAAUUUUCAAAUUGUUAAAUUUAAUAUUUCCAUUGGAUAUAUUUUUAAUUAAUUGCCAAAUAUUGAUAUGAGUUUUCAAAUAAAAUGUACUUAAAAUUGGUAUAAAUAAUCACUAAAUAUAACUAGAUUUAUUAAAGUAAUGAAUUUAAAAAUUCUAUAAGAUUUACAGUAUGGUACUUUUAAUCAGAGCAGUAGCUAGGAUUUGGUCAGACUGACCCAGACCAGGGGGACUUUGCUCGAUUGCGGCCCAAAGUAACCUUUUAAGCUUUUCACCUAUCUCAAUUGGCCCGUACAUAGUAGGUGUGAAAUUAUUUUAGUGGUUAUCAAAACCAAUUAAAUCCGAUACAUAUUUUUACAUAAAUUUAACUAUCGAUUAUUCACGAUUCACACAAUCACCAAUUCAGUAUGGUAAUUCGGUGUUGCCAUAGAUUUAGCUUCUAUACAACCUUAAACGGCUAAAAUACAAGUAUUUUGAAAACACCAAACCGGGACAUCAUAAUGAAUAACCUUUUUUUUGCUCUUACAUAGUUAUACCUAUGGAAAUAAUUAAAUCCUUUUUUUAUUUACAAAUUUAUUAGCCAAUUUAUUUUUUUUACAUUAACUUACUACUGUUGUUAUUACUUAUUAGUUUAUUACCUAUACUGGCUAUACUAAUAUUGAUACUUUAUGUUUGAAUGAAUUUUUUUAAUAAAUUUAUAAUAUUAUUCAUUUUUUUUUUAAAUUAUAACAAGUUAAAGCAAAAUUAAUUUUACACAUCAUUAGCCAUUUACUGGGACAAACUUAAUGACCCACCGAGACACUAGGACAGUGGUGGCCAAACUUUUUUUAACUCGGGCCAUAAAAAAAAAAAAAUUUUACCGCGGGCCAAAAUUAAAUCAGCUUCAAUUUCAAAAAUUAUUUUUAAAUAAAUUAUUAAAACACAUAUAAAAAUAAAUAUAAACUAUACAAAAUAUCGUUUUAUAUUUACAAAACAUAUUUUAAAAUGUAUUAAUUUGUUAAUGUGAACUGCGAGCUUGUUUCUGUUGACAGAGGAAAUUAAUAUUAGGUUCUAAUUUGGUAGAAUUUACUCGGAGAACGAGCACAGUAAUAUAACUAUAAUACUACUAUCGUAUGAAAAUAAGAUAAGAUACGGUAAUGCUAUUUAUAUUAUUAAAUGACAUUGUAACAACAAAAACGCUACGAUAUGGCGAUACGGGAUUAAAUAUGAAGAAUGUAUACUUAAAUUUUUUUUUUACGUAAAUGUAAAAUAUUAUAUUUCUUUCGCGGGCCAGAUAUUAAAUGAUGGCGGGCCGGAUUUGGCCCGCGGGCCGUAGUUGGCCACCACUGCACUAGGACAUGCCAUUAAAACCGAGAGGAAUAGAAAUCCUACCUAUGUAGAUGUUAUUAUUUAUAUUAAUAAUGUACAUUUUAAUUAGAAUAUGCGCAAAGUAGUCAUGCUACGUAUUAAUAUAAAUCAUAAAUAUAGGGGAAGUUUAGGUUAUUCAAGACAGAUCAGUCGAUCAGUGGCAUACAAAACUUUUUCUUCAUGUGGGGCAAAAUUAAUUUUCCACCCACCCACCCCGUUCAAAAAAAUACAUUUUAUUAAACAAAUUGUUAUUCUAUUUCUUUUUUUUGUCUUUUGUAGCUAUUAUAGUUUAUAUCUAUACAAUAUUUCUAAUUAUAUAGUUAACUAAAUAAUUAACUUCUAACCAUCCUAUACUAAAAAAUAUCAACCACCAACCUACCCCCGAUUUUCAAGUGGGGCCUAGGUCCCAUUAGUGACAUUUCUGCAUGCCACUGAGCCAGAUUACCAUUCAAUAAUACACAAUAUUAUAUAGGAACAUAUUUGAUAUACCUUUAUUACAAAAUGCUUACAAAAUAAAAUAUAUGACAUAAUAUUAUUACGCUGAGUGAUAGUAAUAAUUUUGAAAAUU